AUGGGCGCCAGCGGGGGGUGGCAGUCCGCGGCGAGGCUUACUCUCUCCCAGCGAGUCCGGGAGCGCCGGAGCGGAGCGGCGGCCCGGGCGCAGGGGGGCGGCCCCCACCCCGGCCGGGUGCCCGGCCUCUGGCCCCUGCUUGCCCUCCAGACUGCGGCCGCCGCCGCCGCUGCCGGGAGUCUGCCUGCUGCGGGACUCACUAGUGCUCCCCACAUGGAGUUCGGCCUACUCAGCGAGGCAGAGGCCCGGAGCCCCGCCCUCUCGCUGUCAGAUGCGGGCACCCCCCACCCCCCAAUCCCGGAACACGGCUGCAAGGGCCAAGAGCACAGCGACUCGGAGAAGGCCUCGGUUUCGCUGCCCGGCGGCUCCCCCGAAGACAGCUCGCUGAAGAAGAAGCAGAGGCGGCAGCGCACGCACUUCACCAGCCAGCAGCUGCAGGAGCUGGAGGCGACCUUCCAGAGGAACCGCUACCCCGACAUGAGUACGCGGGAAGAGAUCGCCGUGUGGACCAACCUCACCGAGGCCCGCGUGCGGGUGUGGUUCAAGAACCGGCGCGCCAAGUGGCGAAAGCGCGAGCGCAGCCAGCAGGCGGAGCUGUGCAAGGGCGGCUUCGCAGCGCCGCUCGGGGGUCUGGUACCGCCCUACGAGGAGGUGUACCCCGGCUACUCGUACGGCAAUUGGCCACCCAAGGCGCUGGGCCCGCCGCUCGCCGCCAAGACCUUCCCGUUCGCCUUCAACUCGGUCAACGUGGGGCCUCUGGCUUCGCAGCCCGUCUUCUCGCCACCCAGCUCCAUCGCCGCCUCCAUGGUCCCCUCGGCCGCGACUGCCCCGGGCACUGUGCCAGGGCCCGGGGCCCUGCAGGGCCUAGGAGGGGGGCCCCCCGGGCUGGCUCCGGCCGCAGUGUCCUCCGGGGCAGUAUCCUGCCCUUACGCCUCGGCCGCAGCAGCCGCAGCAGCAGCCGCCUCUUCCCCCUACGUAUAUCGGGACCCGUGUAACUCGAGUCUGGCCAGCCUGAGGCUCAAGGCCAAACAGCACGCCACUUUCAGCUACCCCGCCGUGCCCGGGCCGCCCCCGGCCGCCAACCUCAGUCCGUGCCAGUACGCAGUGGAACGGCCUGUGUGA